CCCACCCACCCCCGCUGCUCCCUGGCGCGCGGAUGCGGCGCGCGGCCGCGAAGGUGACCCGGGUGGCGGGCAGAACUUGUUUUGCCAACCAUGCCCGGGCUGCAGAAAGCCAGGGGUAUCGUGGCUUCACCAUUAGCCUCCUUCUGUCGCCUUUUUUUCUCGCAGAUAAGAAGCUGUUCAGCUCUUUCAGACUCAUCAGUUAAGCCAGUGAUUGCAGCCAAGGAACCUUUUCCAGUGGACUUAACAGCAGAGAAACGAUACGCUUGGUGUGCUUGUGGACACAGCCAAAAGCAGCCCUUCUGUGAUGGAACCCAUAAGAAAAGUGCCCCAGCAAUGUCUCCCCUGAGAUUCAUAGCUGAAGAAUCGAAAAAGGCCUGGUUAUGUGGGUGUAAAUACACCAAGAACCCUCCCUACUGUGAUGGUACCCAUAAAGAAGAUUUUGUGCAAAAGACUGACCUUCAUUCUCAGCCACAGGUAUAAUGGGAGACCGUUUGUGAAAAUGUGACAGAACUCAUUGGGAAAUCAGACCUGGGGCUAAUACUUGAAGACCUCCUACUGUGGAAACUUUAUUAAAGUGAAUGAAGAGCCAGAAGACCCUUGCAAAUUUGUAUUCAUGUUGGCAAAGGUUAGACAAGAACAUGAGCAUUAUAUCCUUGCCUUGGUGAAUCCGCACAGAGGGUGGGGGCCAGGGAGUAUUCUGUUUUUCACUUGCUUUAUCCCUACUCCUUUAAAAUCAAUCCUACUGCAAGUCUUCUAAUCUACUUGACAAUUUGUUACUAAUAAGAUAAGUGCUCAAAAAUUGAUUCCUUAGAACAAAUAUUUUACUUUGCUACCUAAGGGGCCACAGAGCCACAAGUACUCUCCUCUUUGUAGCCCUCAUCUCCCACUGACCAUGGCUACUGAAACUGAUAGUACUUGCCCAGUGCCACUUUGAGACAUAGUUAAUAUCUGGAAUACUAAUUAAAAAGCAGGCAAGUCCUAUAAACUGAGCAGUAGCUAUAGCUGAACCAUGUUUUAUGGAACAUCUGUCCUGAGGUGAGGUAACCUUUAUUGCCACUUUUUUCUAUGAACACAAUGGCACACAUAAUUGUCAAGUACUAUUAAAAUGUUGCCCGUGUUAUAUUAGUAAAUAUUUACUAACAGGCAGAAUAAUGGAACUUUUAAUGCAUAUAACUUUGGGUACUUUGUAAUAAACAACCCAGUUUUACUUUUGAUUUUGACACCUUAAUGCAAACAUGAACAAUUACGUUCCCUCUGAGGAGAUACAAAUUUCCUUUUUCUCUUUUAAUUUUCCUCUCUAGUUCGGCAUUUUACCCCGAGCAAAGAUUGCUUCAUCUUCCAGGAUAUCACAUGCACUGCCUCAGAAUAGAAAAUUGCCAUUUUUGGCGCAAGUUAUCGUUUUUCUGCUGUGCUUAAGCAAUUACGCCAUCCGAGUAGGAGUCAGCUUGGUGGCGUCAUCUCUGCUGCAACUAAACUCUAACCUUGUCAGCAAUUCCUGUCUUAGGCAAUCACUUGCUUCUACCCAGGCGGCUCAGGUAUAAAAUAUUUCAAGAGAUCAGAGUUAGACUGCAUCACUGUCUAUAUAACUCCUAUAUGACUAGCCUAGCCUAAUAUUUGCAACUUCUCAAUUACUUAACAGCCUUGUGCUACAUGCUGUUGCUGUUCACAAAAGCCUCUAUACUCAGGAGAAUUUUGAGUAAAAGAAAGGCUGGCUCACAAGGAACAAGUUUUGAUCAACUUGCUCAUUCCAGGGUCUUCUUGUGAGCUCUAAAGAAAAAUCAAUUGCCCACCCCUGUUUUUAUUCCAUUUUCAAUACAUUCUAGAGUAGUUUGAAUUAAUUUGAAAGGAAAGUUGUUCCUUCAAGGAAAGAAACAAAAGAUAGAUCCCAUGCCACCUAGAAGAAGAAACAGGCUUAACAAGAGAAAGGGAGAGUGUAGGAACUUACAUCUGAAUGCCACUGAAGG